CCCAAAGAUACCUUAAUUAUUGGUAUUACUAUUACUAUUAACAAUUAACAAUUAACAAUUAGUAACAUUUAUUUAACAAUAAUGUAAUACAAAUUAACAUACUAUCACUUAGAUGGUCAUGUGUAAUAGUAAGUCUUGCACAUGCUUAACUAACAUAAUACUUGGCAGUACAACAACACUACUAUCUAAUUAUGAUUUCCACCUUCACCGACGUUCUUCCAACCUACAACCUUCUUUCUUACUGCAUUUUUCAAGACUAUACUAUCUUUGUUUCAAACCCCUAACUUGUUUGAAGUUCAGACCUUCCUCAACCUACUACUAAUACUACACCCCCGCCUCCAAAAAGGGUAAAAAGGAGAAAGAUAGCAUGAUAGGAAUAUGAUGACUUGUAUGACACUAAAAGCAUAUUUAAUCCUCCAGCCUCCAUUGGUAUCAUAUUAAACAAAGCAAGAACUGACCCUUAAAGAUGGCAUCUUGUCUACCCACAUUGGUAUCAUAUUCCCCAUUACAAUAAAGCCCAAAUUAUAUCAAUCUAUAUUGGUCCUAGCCUAAUCCUUCCUCCCUUCCUUCAUUUGCCAAUUGCCUUUUACUCCUUACUCCUUUCUAUACAUAUUUACUUCCACUAUCCUUCUCCUUUUUAGCUCUAACCAACCCCUUAUAAACCAGCUUCCACACAUAAACCAAUACUAUCUAUAACCAUGAUGAACCAAAACCACCUCCUGCCUCUUCUAUGCCUCCUCUUCCUCCUCCGCCCCAUCCAAUCACAAGUAUGUCAGCGCUUUUGUGGUGACAUCCCUCUUCGCUACCCCUUUGGGGGUGGUCAAGGCUGUGGAGAUCCUCGCUUCACCAAACACGUUACUUGCACCCAAAGGCAACUAACUUUCAUCACUCACACUGGCUCUUACCCUGUUACCAACAUCGACUACGAAAAUCAGAUACUCUAUGUUUCUGACCCUACCAUGUCUACCUGUUUCUGUACUCAGCCUAGUGAAGGGUUUAGCCUCGACUGGGAUGCCCCUUUCACUUUCGAUGAUAGUAGUGUCUUCGCUUUGCUAGACUGUUCCGUUGACUCUUCCCCUAUAUAUAAAGGGGCCAUCAAUGGAAACACCACUAACGUCCCCCAGUGUGCUAAUUCAGGUACAACACUAUGCAGCUCGCUGUACUCUUGUCAGCCAAUUAGUCAGCUGAACGUCCCAAUCAACACAUGCUGUGUGUACGCACCAGUAGAUCUUGGACCGACCUUUGAGAUGGACCUGAAGAAGGUACAAUGUAAGGCAUAUACCGCAAUAUACAGUUUCAAUGAUCAAGACACAAACCCAGAAGCAUGGAAAUACGGGGUGGCAUUAAAGUACAAGUUCAAUGUGAAGAAUGAUUAUCCACUUUAUUGCAGCAACUGUGAGAAGAGUAAUGGAGCCUGUGCUUACACUGGUAUUUACAACAGUUUUGUGUGUAAUUGUCCAAGUGGUGUCAAUACAACCACUGAUUGUUACUUUCAGAAUUCUUGGAAUGCUGGCCUAAGACUUACUCCUUGGAUUAAAGGAAGCUUAUUCCAGUAUUGUAUUGUACUGCUGGUGUUCUGGAUUUCACUGUAAAAUCAUGAGAUCACUGCAUUUAAUUCAGAAAUCAGAUCCAGAUCAGACACUGGAAUCUUCAACCUUCCUUUCGUACUUCUAAGAAAUUAGAAAUUUGCAUGUCCCAAUACCUUUUUUUACUUUUCAUGGGUUAUUUGGUAAUUGUAACAUAUGACAAUGCAAAUAAAAAAGCAAAUUUUCCAACUUGUGUGACAUGAUCAUCUAAUCUUCAGCUGUAUACUCAUUUAUGUUAUUUCAUAUUAUUCGCAUAGAAAAAAAUUGCAGAUAAUAAUGGCUACUAAAAUAACAGUUAACAAUGGCUAAAGCUUUUAAAACCCAAUACGCUUAUAAAAUUAUAGUGAUGACUGUAUGUUAAAAUAACAAUAUAAUUUAGAGUGGUUGAUACUUUAUGAAUUUAAAAUCACAGAUAACAUAAUGGGGUUUUGCGGUUCAAUAAGCCCAAAAUCAGUGGGUGUUUUACCUCAUUUUUAUUCCAUGGUUGUUCAAACAAAUUUGAGUCCUCUUACAUUUUUUUCUGAGUUUAUUCGACAAUAGCUUUACUAGAGCUGCAAUAACCAAAUAAGACAAACAAAAGGAAAGGAAAGGGAAGAAAGAGCAAAAUACUAGCACUAGAUUGAAAGCAGCAUAUGACUGAUCAUCAUUUUGAUGAAUGGCAGACAAUUUGCAAAGUUCUAACACAAUUAAGAAGAUCGUAUCGUAACACGAUAGACCUCAAAUCAACUUGAGCAAUCCAUUCAUGAUUUGAAAAGCUUCGGAAGGCGGACAAUGAGGCUAAGAAAAUCAUGAAAUAAAAGACCGAUUGAAGCAGGGAAAGAAGAAAAAAAGUUGAGAAAAGAGAAACAGGCGUAGAUAAGAUUAAAAAAUUAGGGAAGAAACACACAGUUGG